AAUCUAAGUGAUUGGACUUAUAGGAAAGACAUAAAAUGAAGAGAAUAAAUGUUAAACAUUUGUUUAAUAAAAAAAUGUUAACUGUUUAUUUAAAUCAUUACUCAAGAACUGUUCCAAGUUUUACACAAUGACAACGGCCAACUGGGGGUGGUUUUGAAUAUGAAAGUUUAUGUUCUUAUUUGAAAAUGCUACAGUAAGAUUUCAAGCAUGUACUGUAAGCAUUCGGUGAAGUGGUUUCACAACCUGGCUAUAAUAAGGUUGGGGGUUUUGACUCUUAUAACCACACAGGAAGAAUAAUUUGAUCUAGCCCAUAUAUGUGCUUCAACACGUGAUUAUGAGAAAGACCAAUUCUGCUUCUGCCUGUAUAUAUUACAUAUCAUGGUUGUGUGCGACUACAGCAGACCAUAUCCUCAUAUAGAAGUCAGGGGAAGUUAUAACUAGUUUAUCAUUCAGGUCUUGUCCCACUGAUGGACUGCAAGCGCGAGCUUAAGUGAAUGUUAAUAGCCUGCAUACCCCAUACAUCCCAUCCUAAAAUGAACAGCACAGUGUCUCCAUCCGUGUUGCCUCUGGACAACAGCAGUCUCUCUGAGUCCUGUACAGUGGAACCCCAACAUGUGUCCAUCACUGUUUUUCUCCUCCUGGUUGUCCUGGUUGGUUUCUUCCUCAACAGUUUCAGUCUGUGGGUCUUCUGCUGCCGUAUACCGCAGUGGAGCUCUGGUACUGUCCUGCAGUUUCAUUUGGCUGUCAGUGACGCUGUUAUCACACCAGUUGCACCAUUUAUGGCAACAUACUUUGUUAUGGGUAGCCACUGGCCCUUUGGAGCUUUUCUGUGCAAGCUGAAGAUUGCCUUGCUGAGCAUUCACUUCUAUGGCAGUAUCCUGUUCCUAACACUCAUCAGCAUUCAUCGAUACGUGGCAGUUGUCCAGUUUAAAAGGGGCUCCUGUAUGAAACGAAAGGCGUUUGUUCAGAAUCUGUGUGCUGGAGUCUGGCUGGUUUUGCUGGCUAAGGGGAUUGCCUGUUUCUUCUUAUUAAACACAAGCCCAAUGGGAAACCGCACACAAUGUCUCAGCAUUCAUCAGGAAAAAUACAUUGACGUCUACUUCGCCAUCAACUUCGUUUUGCUCAUCCCUGGGUUCCUGCUGCCUCUCUCAGUGGCAGUGACCUGCUAUGUUCAGCUAGCAAGAUCAAUGUCUCGCAUCAAUAUCAACAUGUCCAAGGGCCGUGAUAUAAAGGCCAAGUCACGUAAAAUGGUGGCCAUGUGUCUGGUGAUAUUUGCACUGUGCUUCACGCCUCUGAACGUGAUACGAACUGUGGCUGUCAUAUUAAAGAAGUACUUUCCAGAACAAUGCGGUCUUCUCCUGCAGGUGGAGACUGCAUACUAUGUCUCCUGGAUUUUGGCUGCAGCAAACUGCUGCCUGGACCCAUUGCUUUAUUGUUUUGGAUCACACAACUUUGUCAAGGCUAUUCAUAGGUCUCUCAGAAAAUUUGAUGUCAAGUUUAAAGAAGACCCGGCCACAAAUGACCAGAUCAUCUAUGAUACUGCUAUUGAUUCUCCUUCCAUUGUCUUAGAAGACAUCCACACCCAGCAUUCGAACACGUCUUGAAUAAGGAACCUCAUAGUAGUAUAAUCACAUUGGCUUAUUGUUUAUUGUGUUUGCUCAGUGUCUUUUUCUUUUUUACAUAAAUAGUAUCUAUAACAUUGACAUGGGACCUGUGAAGAAAGAAUGUACAGGUUAGUGCCAAAAUAAAGGAAACACUUGCGGAAACCAGGGAUACAAAGUAUAUUGAAAGCAGGUGCUUCCACACAGAUGUGGUUGCUGAGUUAAUUAGGCAAUUAACAUCUCAUCAUGCUUAGGGUCAUGUAUAGAAAUGCCCAGUUGCCUAUUAUUUUGGCUACAAUGGCUAGUCAGUCAGUCAGUCAGUCACCCACCAGAUCUCAACCCAAUUGAGCACUUAUGGGAGAUUCUGGAGCAGAGCCUGAGACAGACUUUUCCGCCACCAUCAAACAAACACCAAAUUAUGGAAUUUCUCAUUGAAGAAUAGUGUUGCAUCCUUUCAAUAGAGUUCCAGACACUUGUAGAAUAUAUGACAAGGCAUAUUGAAGCUAUUCUGUCGGCCCGUGGUGGCCCAACGCCCUAUUAAGACACUUUAUGUUCGUGUUUCCUUUAUUUUGAAAGUUACCUGCGAGUGAUCAUAAAUGUAUUAUUUUAUUGAUGUUAUAAUAUAAUUAGAUACUGUCAUAUGGCAUACUGUAAUUGUAAAGCAAAACAUGCUCUGUUUUAAACUAAUUCAAUUGUAUAUUAUAUGCAUUUUAAAAGGAAGAUCUUUUCCACAGUCUUAAUUUGUAAUAAGUCAAUUUUAGUCAGUUUUACUGUAUGGUUUUGUUUAAAGUAAUUUUUUUGUGGCUUGAUGAUUGCAUUGCUGAUGAAGAAAAUGCUAAAUUCCUCUUUCAGUUAAAUCUUGUCAUUACUUUCCCCGCAUCAUGCAGGAAGUCACUAGAGGUGUUGUGAGAAAAGGUUCUCACACUGCCCCAUUCUGAGAGCAGCAACUGUGACUGAUGUAAUACUUUACAAGGCUUGGUAAGGUCUCUCUUCUUAUGGGUUUAUAAUAGCAGGUUGUCUCUGACAAAGGCAGAUGGUAGAGAGAUACACAUAUUUGCUUACUGUUAACAAAAUACAGUUAUAAAUUGAGAAUUGGGGUCUUGAUCUUAAUAUCAUGGUUCAUAAAUGUUUAGUUUUAGGCUACCUUUACUCACAUUUCAGAUGUUAUUGUUUAAAUCCAGAUCUGUACCUGGGUUUGUGAACUGGAUAUUCUUAGACAAUCUUACCAUUAUGAGAUAUAAUUGUUGAGAGGCAGUGCAAGAAAAUGUGGCAACACAGGAAAAGUGAAAUGCAAUUGCAUCCUUUGACAUCACUCUAUGAAGUGUUGCAAGAUACAAUAAAAUUGUUUAAAUGCA